GUUCUUCGCCGCCAUUACAGCUGUUAUUGGAUUCGUGGAAGUCUCGGACCGGAUGAAAUAUUAAACUCCAAUCAAGAGCACUGGCAGAUCAAAUCGGGAUAUAGUGCCGGAAGGUGGGCAGGAAGGAUUCUCCAGUGACAAUUUGCGCGUCUCCGUGUGGUAGAAUCGCGACAUUCGCGCUGGAAAAACCUGUUGUUGUUGCUGCGCUUUCGAUUAGUGUUCUAGCGGUAAAUUUUAGGCGGAAAAAUCGAUUGUUCUCAUUUCAUUGUUUUUGUUUUGGUUGACGGCUUCGUUACGCGAUUCCUGCAUUCUCCCCGCUCGGCCACCGACACGGCCACAUGACUCAUGCACGGCUGCAACAAUGAAAAGCCACAAUAAGUACGCCAAGUUGCCCCAAGACCUCGAUUUGAGUUUCCAAAGCGAUCUGGACCUGCUACCGGACACAGCGGCAGACAUCGACCUCGACAUAGAUGUGGACGUGGAUGCCCUCAACCUGAGUUCGCCCGCCGCUCUGGACCUCCUCGACGACGAGGACGACGAGAUUGUCAUUGCCACUAGUGGCGGCGGCAGCGGCGCCGGUGACAGUGGUGGCAAGGGUGACCAGCGUCUAGCACCAAAAGCCAAGCAGCGCAAAAACCCAUUAGAAGAGCAAAACUUCCACAGCAAGAACAAAAUCUGCGGUCUUGGCAGCGACAGUGUUAUCGAGACGGGUUUAACCCUCACGCCCGAGAUGCUGCUCUCCACCUCGGAGUCAUCGACGCACAGCGCCUCCGAGGUUGCCGGUCGACUGCAGGUCGACGUGCGGACCGGUCUCAAAUGGACAGAGGCCAAGUACCGGGCCAAGAUCAUUGGCCAUAAUGAGCUGCUGCUGAUCGAGGAGGAGCCCACCUGGAAGAAGUACAUCGAGCAGUUUAGGAACCCUCUCAUCCUGCUGCUGCUCGGCUCCGCUUUGGUCUCGGUGAUCAUGAAACAGUUCGACGAUGCCGUCAGCAUAACCAUUGCCAUAUUAAUCGUGGUCACUGUGGCCUUCAUACAGGAGUAUCGCUCCGAGAAGAGUCUGGAGGAGCUGAAGAAACUGGUGCCCCCCGAGUGUCACUGUCUGCGCGAGGGACGCCUCGACACGUUCCUGGCCCGCGAACUGGUGCCCGGCGAUGUGGUGCAUCUAAACGUGGGCGACCGUGUGCCCGCCGAUGUGCGUCUGUUCGAGGCGGUGGAUCUCUCCAUAGACGAGAGCAGCUUCACUGGCGAAACAGAGCCAGCCCGGAAGAUCACCGACGUCCUGCUGAACAACACGAAUGUCAAGGACCACAGCAACAUGAAGAACAUUGCCUUCAUGGGCACACUGGUUAGGUGUGGCAACGGCAAGGGCAUCGUGGUCAGCACCGGGGAGCGCAGCGAGUUCGGGGAGGUCUUCAAGAUGAUGCAGGCAGAGGAGGCCCCAAAAACGCCGCUCCAGAAGUCGAUGGACAUCCUGGGCGCACAGCUGAGCUUCUACUCGUUCCUCAUUAUCGGCGUCAUCAUGCUGCUGGGCUGGCUUCAGGGCAAGCCGCUCUCGGAGAUGUUCAACAUCAGCGUCUCGCUGGCAGUGGCUGCCAUACCCGAAGGCUUGCCCAUCGUCGUGACCGUCACGCUGGCUCUGGGCGUUAUGCGGAUGGCCAAGCGCAACGCGAUCGUUAAGAAGCUGCCCACCGUCGAGACCCUGGGCUGUGUAAAUGUCAUUUGCUCGGACAAGACGGGCACUUUGACCAAGAAUGAGAUGACGGCCACGAUCAUCAUCACCUCCGACGGCUACAUGGCGGACGUGACUGGCGCCGGGUACAACGAUCAAGGCGAGAUACAUAUCCGGCACUGCAACAACGUGGAAAUGGCCAAGACCAACAUCACGAAUCUCCUCGAGAUAGGAGCUGUCUGCAACAAUGCUUAUAUACAGAAUGGCACGCUCCUGGGCCAGCCAACGGAGGGUGCUCUGGUGGCGGUGGCCAUGAAGAACGGCAUGUACGCCACGGCUGAGAACUACGUCCGCAUCCAGGAGUAUCCGUUCAGCUCCGAGCAGAAGAUGAUGGCCGUCAAGUGCAUCCACAAGUACAACAACAACAAGGAGGAGUUCUUCUUCGCCAAGGGGGCGCUGGAGACCCUCCUUCCGCAGUGCACCAAGUACCAAUUCGGCACGCAGACCGUGCCACUAACCAAGCAGAACGAGGCGGAGUUUCUGGCCGAGGCAUACGAGAUUGGACGCAAGGGCCUUAGAGUGCUGGCCCUGGCCAAGGGUCGGUCCAUGCAGGAUCUGAUCUACUGUGGCCUGGUGGGCAUCACCGAUCCACCACGUCCCCUGGUGAGGGAAUCCAUUGAGCUGCUCAUGCAAAGCGGUGUCCGGGUAAAGAUGGUUACAGGCGAUGCCCAGGAAACGGCCUUGGCCAUUGCCAACCUCAUAGGCAUCGACACCAUCCACCACCAGACGCUGUCCGGACAGGAGAUGGAUCAGCUGAACGAACACCAGCUGGACAAAGUGGCCAACAAUGUGAGCGUCUUCUACCGUGUCUCGCCGCGCCACAAGCUGGAGAUAGUCAAGUCGCUGCAGCGCACCGGGAACAUUGUGGGCAUGACUGGCGACGGUGUGAACGACGGCGUGGCCCUAAAGAAGGCAGACAUUGGCAUUGCCAUGGGCAAGAAUGGCACGGAUGUGUGCAAGGAGGCGGCCGAUAUGAUACUUGUCAACGACGAUUUCCACACCAUCAUAGCUGCCAUCGAAGAGGGCAAGGGCAUCUUCUACAACAUUCGGAACUUUGUGCGCUUUCAGCUGAGCACCUCAAUCGCUGCCCUGGCUUUGAUCGCUCUGGCCACGCUGAUGGACAUUGCCAAUCCGUUGAAUGCCAUGCAGAUUCUGUGGAUCAACAUUAUAAUGGACGGACCGCCCGCUCAGUCGCUGGGCGUAGAGCCCGUGGACCACGACGUUCUGAAGCAGAAGCCGCGGAACGUGAAGCAGCCGAUGAUCACCAAGUCGGUGGUGGCGAAUGUGCUGCUGAGUGCCAGCAUCAUAGUGCUGGGUACGCUGUGGGUGUUCCAGCGUGAAAUGGCCGACGGGACUUUGGGGAAGACCAAGCGGGACACGACCAUGACCUUCACGUGCUUCGUAUUCUUUGACAUGUUCAACGCCCUGUCGUGCCGAUCGCAGACAAAGAGCGUGUUCACCAUCGGCCUGACUACCAACCGCAUGUUCCUGCUGGCCGUGGCCUUCUCGAUCAUUGGCCAAAUGCUGGUCGUGUACUUUCCACCGCUGCAGAUGGUCUUCCAAACGGAGGCCCUGACGCCCUACGACAUACUCUUUCUGGUCUCGCUCACCUCCUCCGUGCUAAUCGUCUCUGAGAUCAAGAAAUGGUUCGAGCGUACCAUGGAGCGCAAGAUGUACAGCACCCGCUCCGAGCUGGACUUCGUAUGACAAAACGCAAGCGCUAGAGACGAGUUGCACCCGAAAGCCGAGUAAAUUAAAUAACAAAAAAAA